AAGCGGACGGACCUGCGGGCCUGGAGGCGGCGCGCAGCAGUGACGUCCGAGGCAGGUAGGCGAGGAAUUGCCGGCUGAGGCAGCAGCGGGAAGAGCAGGAAGAGCCGGGGAUGGAGGAGAAGGAGCAGCUGAGGCGCCAGAUUCGCCUGCUUCAAGGUCUCAUCAACAACCAUAAAAACAUCCAUGGGAAUACACCAAUUGCCCCACCUGCCGCAGCACCUCAGUGGCAGAAUCCCAGGCCGCCUGCCUUUAGCAGCCAGGGUGCUUUCUCUGCUAGUUAUUCCCAGCAAACCCAGAGAGGUUUUCAGCCUCGCCAGAGAGGUCAUAAUGCCUGGAGAAAGAAAUAUUCUCUAGUCAACGUCCCGCCUCGGCCGGCACUUCGUUCUGGAACCAGCGUUUCUGCUAGUGCUUCUUGGACCAGCCUGAGCCACGCAAGCCCUGAGGCAACCGAGCCACAGGCUGCUCUCUCAGGAAGAAGUGUAAGCCUCAGUGCAGAUGGCAAUAUCGUUGUGGGGGUGCAGGCUGGCUCGGCAGCGGCCAUCACUGCUGCCCCAGGAUCCCAUCUGAGCUCUGCGGCAGCAACAGAAGGUCCAGCUGCGUCUAGGGGAUGUGUGAGCAGGACGGCUUGGCCUUCGGGUGUUGGCUCGAAAAAGACUAAAGCACUGAGCGCCUCCACCUCGUCUCACUCACUGCAUUGCAAGGCCCUUGCUAAGGCGAAGGUUGGCAUGCCUGCUGGGUGUUGGAAGGGGCCUUCUGUCCAGGGUGCAUCGGAAUUGGCCCCUGACUUGUGCAGGACUAUCAGUGAGAGUGCUGUUACGUUGAAAUCUGAGCCUCAGCAGCAGCCUCUGACAUUGCCUGAUCAUAAAGCGAGUGGUCUGUUAGUGAAGAAGAAGCCAGCACCAGAGGUUCCCGCCCUGCGUAGUUUGCAGCAAACGCUUGCAGUGACGGAGAAGCCCAGCCUGCUGAGGCUUGCUGAGAAGUCUGCUGCUGCUUCAACUUCGGAAGUCCCUUCAGCUGUUGGGGUGAGCCUCUCCAAGGACAAACAUUCAGCACCUGCUCUCCAAGGAGCUCCUACCUUGCCGGCCUCCAUCAAGUCUCCAAAGUUCAGGAGAAACAAAUACACGUGGGUGGCGAAUCCAAGCAAAUCCCCCCGUACUGUGAAAAAAUGGGCUGCACCCAGAGCCUCUGAAAAUGCACGCAAGUUUGCUGUGGGUGCAGAGAGAAGUCCCAAGUUACUCCCAAGGGGGGAAUUGGGAGCAAAGCAAAAGAAAUCCAACCCGCAGUCCAAGCUGGGGAUUUCUUCCAGCCUGUACAAGUGGAAGGCCUCCAGUCUCCCGCUGUCUCCUUCUCCAUCCACCUCUGCAUUCACGUGGCAGCGUAAGGAAUGUGUCGGGCUUGGAGUUUCUCCCCUUGUGGGAGCUGGCGCUUCCCUUCAGACUGCGAGACGUGGGUCUCUUGGUCACGGCAACCCGAGAUCACCCUCUGGGAAUAGUGGGUCUUUUAGUUACAAACUGAAGAGCCGGACCAAAAUCAUCAAGAGGAAGGGAAAUGUCUGCUCCCCGACUGAUAAGAGGAGCCCGUCCUUCCCCACCGUGCUUCUGAGAAGCCGCUAUUGUCUCAGGAAAAGGAACUCCCCUCGAGGAAGGGGAUCGCCCACUGCCAGGAGAGCCGGAUCCAAAGGCCUGGUGCAGAUUGGCAAACACAGGCUGCGCCGGCUACCGGCAUCCCGGACCCACCUUUUGGCCAAAGAAGGCUCCAGCUUCCUUCUUGCAAGCCCCACAGCCAAUAAAGUGGUGAACACUCGCUACAGGAUUGUGAAGAAGGCGGCAACAUCUACUCCUUUGGCCUCUGCGGCAUCUUUCGGCAGCCCUGCUCACAGCUGGAAGUCCAGAAGGCUCUCGACAUCCAGGUCUCCGGUACUGAAUAGCACCCGCCACUCUCCCACAGGGAGCAAGUUCCAGGCUUUGCAGCACCACUGGAGGAACAAAGAUCUGCGCUGCAUCGGAGGAGUCAUGUACAGGGUGUCCGCUAACAAGCUUGCCAAAACUUCCAGCUCUCCGGCCAGGAGCAGUGAAGUUGCUAGCAGGAGCCACGCCAGAGCAGGAACAGCGAGGCCGGAUUCUGCCCCUGGCACCCCUGGCUAUUCCCCAUCCAGUUAUCUGAACAGGUCGCUGAACAGCCGCUACAUCGCAAGCCGAGCCGUCCAGCGCAGCUUGGCCAUCAUCCGCCAGGCCAAGCAGAAGAAGGAGAAGAAGAAGGAAUACUGCAUGUACUACAACCGCUUUGGCAAAUGCAACCGCGGCGAGAGGUGCCCCUACAUCCAUGACCCGGAAAAGGUGGCCGUCUGCACACGGUUUCUCCGUGGCACAUGCAAGAAGACCGAUGGGACCUGCCCCUUUUCGCACAAGGUUUCGAAAGACAAGAUGCCUGUGUGCUCUUAUUUCCUGAAAGGGAUCUGCAACAACAGUGACUGUCCCUACAGCCAUGUCUACGUUUCACGGAAAGCGGAAGUGUGCUCAGACUUCCUCAAAGGCUACUGUCCCUUGGGAGAGAAGUGCAAGAAGAAGCACACCCUGGUGUGUCCGGACUUCUCCAAGCACGGAGUCUGCCCCAAGGGAUCCCAGUGCAAACUGCAGCACCCGCAGAGGAAACGCCUGGCCAGGCAGUCCACGGCUACAGACACCUCCUUCCAGCGGGCAUGCUCCACGCCCAAGUGGGGGCGCAUUGCAGAGCCGACUUUGAGGAAAGAGGAAGCUGAAGAAACGCCAGGGCCUUCAAGGGCGGAGCAUCGGGGAGACGUCUGGAGCCCCGAGACCCCCUCUCAGACCGGCAGGCUAACUAAGCUGCCCUCCUUCAUCUCUCUCCAGUCGCCCCCCACGUCCCCCAGCGAGGAAGACCACAAGCCUGAGAGGGAUAGGAGUGGGGAAGAUGCAGGGAAGCCUUUGCAGAUCAAGCCCAGGUUGUGAGGACGGCAACACCUUCGAGCAGAGCCCUGCGCAGCGGAUGGCGCCUCGGCCACACACACCUCAGGGAUUCGAAGCCGCCCCGGCGACUAACUCAGGAAGAUGCAGCACCGAGACAGACAGGCAAAGGCUUGGCUGGAUUUGCCCAGAGGGGCUGCCCCGCUUGUUUUAUGUGAGAAGUGGGGUUUGCGAGGGGAAGGCUACCCCAGUCUCCCACACAGCCCAGGAGGGCAGCUUUGUAGUUUUAUUUCCCCCCAAUAAAGGAGCUUUUCUCUUUCAGACUUUCACCAGCUCCUAAUUCAGCUCCGCUGGCCAACACUGCAGGGGGAGCGUCAUCCAGAAACGUUUGCCUGGGUCCCAGGCUCAGCGUGGCUGUGCUGGCUUCACAUGGGCCCAGCGCCGGGAUGGUGGGCUGGGGGGAAGCAGGGAGAGAGACCAGGUGGAAACCUAAGAUAUAGAUUUGUACCCCAGUCCCUAUGAAACUUUGCCAUCUCAGUCUUGGACCACCUGGCCAGUGUGGUUUUCCCAAGGGUACCAAGAUGCAGAGUUAAUGGAGAUGGCUGCUGAUAGAUGGGUCUGGCAUUUCAAAGCCAUUUUGGGUUAAUGGGCGAGGGGCUUAAAUCUCAUGCCUGACCCAAGAUUGGCAAAGUUCCUGCAGACUUUGGAGACACGAAGGCAGAGGACAGUUUCUCUUUCUUUCCUGAGCAUAAUUUUCUUUCAGGGGAAAGAACCCAGAUUCUUUGCAAAGUUAUUUCUUUGAUAGUCAAGGCCAGAUUUGGGUCUCAAAGUGAUUUGUAAAACCAGCUUGCCUGGGUGCUUUUAUUAUGCAAAAAAAAA